CUUUAUGUGUCUGUGUUGAGGAACUUUUAGAAGUCUCUUUCAUUUUGGUGGGAACCACGUGCUCUUCUCAAUACACAAACACCACUCUUUCAUUUCAUUUUAAGUCUUUUUUUUCUUCUUCCGAAUUUAUAGAUUCUUCCACUACCUUUUUAUUCUCUUUUCUGUUCGAAAAUAUGUCACAUGAAUUAUCACCUCUGCUUCUAUAUAGUUACCUCUUUAUAUAAUAUUCUCUCUUUCACAUCCCAUUUUCUAAUCCUCCUCUCUAAUUUUCCUUCUUGUUCAUCAAGAAAAACCAUCUUUCGCCUUCAAUAUUAUAACAUCAACAUUUGGAUUCUCUUGGUGUGAAAAUGUUUGAAGGGUUAUUGAAGCCCAAAAACUAUUCAAAAUGCAAAACGUGCUUGAAAUUAAUAAAGAUGAGGCUAGAGACGAUAAGAAAGAAGAGAAACGCGGUGCAGAAAUUUCUGAAGAAAGAUAUCGCCGAUCUUCUUAGGAAUACCCUUGAUUACAAUGCAUAUGGAAGGGCUGAAGGGCUUUUUGUGGAGCAAAAUAUGUCAGCAUGCUAUGAACUCAUUGCAAUGUUUGUUGGAUGCAUAUCGGGUCACGUUCGAGACAUUUGUAAACUCAAGGAUUGCCCUGAUGAAUGCAAGGAAGCUAUACCUUCAUUGAUAUAUGCUGCUGCAAGGUUUUCUGAUCUGCCAGAACUACGUGACUUGAGAACUUUGUUUACAGAGAAAUUUGGGAAUUCUCUUGAACCUUACAUAAGUAAAGAGUUUAUUGAGAGAUUGAGGCAAAAUCCUCCUUCAAAAGAAAUGAAGAUCCAGCUGUUGCAUGAAUUAGCACAAGAGUUCUCAAUAGAAUGGGAUAGAAAGGCUUUGGAGCAGAGACUUUAUUCACCACCUUUGUUACAUGAAGAGAAGCCUAAACAUGAUCCACAAAAUGAUUAUGGUAAUGUGAAAUGCCAAAAGAACAAUGAUGAUGCCUGGUGGAGGGUGCAAACAAGCACUGACAAUGAAACAACUACCACUGACAAUUCAUCCCAGGAUGGUCCAAAGGCUUGUUCAGGUUCAUUUGAAAAUGUAUAUGAGGAUGAUGAAGCAGAAAUAAAUAAGCCCUUUUCAUCUAAGGUUGUUCCACCUCCUUAUGUCAAAGAAAAUAAGGUUGAAAGCAAUUUGAAGAAACCAUCUGAAACUCCACAAGAAAAGCCAAUACCAAGAUCAGUGAGAAGGAGACCUCUCAAACCACCCCCUGAAGAAAACACAGUCAAAGAUUUUUCUAAAGCUGGUGAUGAUGCAAAGCUAGAUGAACUUUUAAUGCAUUACAUUAAGAAACAAUCUGUUCCUUAUGAAUCAUCGGGCAUAGAAAUAAAAUAUGAUCAUAAGGUGGAAAAUAGAAGGCAUACAAAAUCAAAUUCAACUAGUAUUGGUACUAUAUCAUUGAGAGGAAAAUCUCUUCCUCAAAGAAACACUAGUUCAAUGGAAACCUUACAAGGGCAUGGAAGAGCUACUUCCUUAGUACCUGAACUGUCGAGGACAACAACGAAGAAUCAUGUGCAUCCUUGUCUGCCUGAUUAUGAUGACUUGUCAGCUCGUCUAGCAGCUCUCAGAAGAACAUAAAGAUUGAGGAAACGGAUCCUCUGACUUAGAGGUGGGAUAGGCAGGGUGCCUUUCACCCACUUAGUGCCCUUGGAUCAAUUGAAUGUUCUAGAAAGAGCCAUGUGGCUCUAAUUGUUUUUAAAUUCAAAAUAUCAAUGGAACUUCAAGAAAAAAUUGCGAUAUAGCUUUUUUUAGUA